AUGAAGUAUUUUCUACGGAUACCAACAUAUUAUUUUCAAAAAGUUUCAAGAUCUUUUAAUAUAUUUCAUCCAGCUUUUUCAAAUUCCCAAAAACGGUUUUUUCAAACAUCCAUUGAUGAUAAAGAACAGUUGAAAAAUUAUAAAGACUUGAGUACAGACGAUUCUUUUAAUUCUAUCUUAGAGUUUUACAGUAAUCUUUUUGAUUUAAGUAAAGCAGAAGUUCCAUCUUUUUUACCUCCAGAUUUGCUAUGGCAAGCACUAACACAUAAGUCAUAUCAACAUGGAAAGUUUCCAUAUAAUGAAAAGUUGAGUUUUCAAGGCUGUCAAGUUCUUAAAUUCCAUCUUGCUUUAUAUACAGUUUCAUCAUUUUCUAUUUAUGAAAACAAAGAUAUUCUUACAUUAAAAAAAGUGUACGAUUUUAUUAGUCCUCAAACAAUGGGUGUUUUGGCUUUACAAUAUGGUAUUGAUAAAGUAUUACGCUGGAAACCUGCUUAUAAUAAUCAUAAAGAAAGCGGAUUAUUAAAAAUAGCAUCAGAAUCAUUAUGUGCUAUUAUAGGAGCUAUAUUUUUACAUAAAGGAGGAGCUGUUACAAAAGAAUUUAUUGAAAAAAAGAUUUUUUCACAAAAAACAUUAAAUGAUAUGUAA